AUGGUAGUAUACUUCUCGUCCACUCAAACGCAUCGCAAACAUCAGCCAUGGCCCCCUCGCGGAGUUCACUUCGGGUAUGAAGCGAUAGUCGAUUUGGCAGUAGCUGCAAGUGUGAUGGCCGAAGGAAUUGCUGUGGCACCAAGUAUUAUUGUUCAUGCUGCUGCGUUCGCGGUGCAUACCAGUAUUGAAUUUGGGCGAAGAGCAUAUAUGUCUAAAGAGCAAAACAAAUGCCUCGAUGGAAUGAAUGAGAAACUAUUCAAACCACAUGGACUUUAUGCUAUGCUUAUGACUUGGAAGCCAGCUCGGUCCUCGACUCCCCAAUCGCUUGUAUCCACUGUUGAUAUGAACACCAAGGUAAUCACAUCUGUAGCUGCUCGCGAGGUCUCUAGUCGCAGCAGUCUUCAUUCCACCAGUGGUAAGACAAUUGGACAGUCGCAGAUGCCAGAAAGUGCGGAAUUAGUCUUUCCAUUACUGGAGAAAGCAAAUGAUGAACAAAAAGAAAAUGCAAUGAAAAAGGCAGGAGUGUGGUUUGGGGAAUGGAGAGACAAGAGGGACACGGCAAAACUUGUAUCUGAAAAUCCUUCAACAACGUUGGCGAAAAACGCCGGUGAACCAGAGGUGCCCUCAUCACGCUGGGCCGAUCCAUCUCAUCCCGUCAAUCAGGGAGGUAUCAUUGGAGUCUUGUCUGGUGGUCACCUGGGACGCGCUGCCAGAAAAGACAGAAGGCGAGAGAGGAAAGGGUUACCGAAGGAUGAAAAGCCCAAGCCUCACAGGACUGGUAUCUUGAGGACCGCGAAGAGAAAGCUUCACGAGGAUGUGCUGUAUCUCAUGAUCGUAAAUAUGCCUUCCGACGAGGAACUGAAGAUUGUUGCCAAUAUGGCAAAGGAUAAGAAGGCAUAA